AUGCAAGAUGCUGCAGUAUGUUUUUAUUGUAAACUAUAUACCACUGACCCCAUAGAUUAUACCAGCAUCUCUGAACUCUGCAACACCAUCCCUGCCUCAACACAGAUCCCAGUAAACAGCCAACCCACCUUGGAGACGCCAUUUACCAUUGACGAGAUUAUGACUGGUGCACAGCGGUCGCCCAGCCAUAGCAGCCCAGGUACGGAUGGCCUACCCUAUGAAAUCCUAGCGGUGCUACUAUCCCACCAACAAACAGCCCAACUUGCCCAUGCCGUCUUCAAGGAGGCUCUUACCCCUCGGUAUCUUUCCCGACAGCUGGCUCACUAUUUGCAUGUGCCUGCUCCCUAA